UGUGUCGGGGCAGCGGCCGGGGAGGGUAAUGGCGGCGGCGGCGGGUUCGUUGUCGGGUCCCCGUCUCCGUCUCAGCUCCCGUCUGGCGUUGGUCACAGGUGGAGGGAGUGGCAUUGGGCGAGCCGUGUGCCGGCGGUUUGCCGAGGAGGGAUCGGCGGUGGUGGUGGUGGACGUGGACGAAUCCUCGGCUGAGGAAACGCUGCGGAGCUUGCCCCACGGUGAUCAGCGGCACUCUGUGUUUGUGACGGAUGUGUCCUGCCCGCAGAGUGUCCACAGCCUGGUCUCUGCAGUACAGAAGCAGUUCUCCCGGCCUCCCUGUGUGGCAGUGAACUGUGCUGGCAUCACCAUGGACGGGCUGCUGCUGAAGAUGGAGGCUGAGGCCUUCGAGCGGGUGCUGAAGGUUAACUUAAUGGGAACGUUCCUGGUGAUCCAGGCUGUUGCCAGAGCGCUGAUUGCCAGCGGUGCCAAGAGGGGCUCCAUUGUCAACCUGGGCAGCAUCGUGGGCAAGGUUGGAAACCUGGGACAGACCAAUUACACGGCAUCGAAGGCAGGAGUGGUGGCCCUGACAAAGAGCAGCGCGAAGGAGCUGGCCAGGUUUGGCAUCCGAUGUAACGCCAUCGUGCCGGGGUUCAUCGACACACGGAUGGCAGCCAAGGUGCCCCCCAAGGUGCUAGAGAAGGUGUUACAGCUGGUGCCCAUGGGACGUCUGGGAGAUGCUUCUGAGGUUGCCUCCGUGUGUGCUUUCUUGGCAUCUGACGACAGCAGCUACAUCACAGGAGCCAGCGUGGAGGUGACAGGCGGCCUCUUCAUGUGAGGCUGAACACUGAGCCACAGGUGUGGGGUGCCAAGGAUGUGGAGAAUAGACCAGGCAAUUCCCAAGGAAUGUUUCUUGGGAGAAUCUCCCUGCUUUCCUCUCGUUGGGAUGGUGUACCUCAGAAGAUGGCCGCUCUCUGAUCUCUCUCUCACUGGGCGGUGUGCCUUUAUUGUUGAUGGAGCCUCUCAUACCAUACUGUACUGCACUGUGUAUGAUAAUGCCUCUGAGACUGGGGCUGUGUACAUUAAACCAGGAGGAUAUCUGA